AUGGCCACUGUCGAUGUGGCUGGAGAUGGCAUAGCACUCUUCUAUGCCUCAAUUAUUUUGUUAGUCUUGAGUUGGGUUACGUUCUCCAUGCGCGUUGGAGUACGGAUAUGGAGAAAGGCUUGGGGGUCGGAUGACUACUUGAUGUUCGUAGGACUUGUUCUCUUCUCUGUCACGGCGGCCCUAUGCAUUGUAUGCUGCUAUUAUGGCGCCGGUCAGUUAUCUGCCGAUCUGCCUGUCGCUACGAAAUCGAAAGGAACCAAACUCUUCUACAUUGCAGAAUACUUCUAUGCCGUCAGCGCCAUGUUCAUCAAAUGUAGCAUCGCAGUGACACUUCUGCGUAUCGCCGGUACUCGUCGUCGGUUCAAUUGGUCUCUUUGGGCAAUCAUAGGUGCAUCAGUCAUUGCCGCCCUUGUUUUCUGUGUUGGCAUAGCCAAUAUCUGCCAUCCAAUUGGAACAUUAUGGGGUGCAGCUAAUGGUACAUGCAACCUCAAGCUGAACAGCGACGUCAGCUUGUUCUAUUCAGCUAUCGGAAUUGUAGUCGAUUGGAGCUUAGCAAUCUUGCCAGCCGUCUUGUUGUGGAAUGUUCAGAUGAAGGGCAACGUAAAGGCUUCAGUGGCUGUUAUCCUUGCAAUGGCUUCUUUUGCGAGUUGUGCAACGAUCGUUCGACUCAACUACCUCACUCUUUACAGCGACCCCGGAGAAUUCAUGUACAGCACUGGCAAAAUCGGUUUCUGGUCUUUGAUGGAAGAGGGAAUCGGCGUGGUUGCUGGCUCGCUCCCCGCCCUUCGUCCUCUCCUCUCCCUUCGACUCAAGAUGAGCAGCAGCGCAACACCCAUGGGUGCCCCCGCAUCGGCCAACACGUACCCAGUAUCAAAGAGCAGGCCGCCACAAUCACGAUCGAGUCUCCUGAUGAUGGACACUUUCCACCACUUGGGCGACGAGGAUGACGUUGAAUUUGGUGACGGGGACAGCCAGAAAAACAUUGUGAAGGAGACGAAGUACACGGUGACCUCGACUUACGCUGCUGGGAACGGAGAGGAACAGCAACAGAGUCAGGUGUUGGGCUGGGAGCAGAAGAACCAUGCCCACGUCUGA